GCACGUGCACGCGCAUGCACACACACACACACACACACACACACACACACACUACAGAUGCAUACACACACACGUAUGUAUGUAUAUCCCACAUAUAUCUGCCGAGUCCGUUGCUUUUAUGUGCAUAUUUUAGGGCUGACUGGUUGGGGGAAAUCUACCAUGGGGCUCAACCUCAGAGAAGACAGAUUAUUCAGUAGAUUGCCAGGUGAUUUUCCAAUUUCAGAUUGAACUGACACAACUUAUCGCUGCGAAUGACCAUAGUUAAGGAAAGGUAGCACGGGAAAUAAACUUAAAAUGUAAAUAAGAAUUGGUAGGUCUACUGGGAAAACAAACGGAAAAAAACCCAUCAUUUAAAAGAGCUUCCGCGUGGCUUCCAUCGCUCAUCGCAGACACCGGCCGACCCACCGGCUUUCAGACCAUGGCCAGCCUUGAGUGUACCGACCGUCAUUGCUAUCAAGCCAGAUGGCAUGCAGUGAGCACAGUGUGGCCUGGUGGGCGAGUUCAUCAAGUGAUUUGAGCAGAAGGGGUUCUGCUAGGUGGCCAUGAAGUUCCUUCCGGCUUCUGAGGAUCACCGGAAGCAGCACUACUUUGAACUGAAAGACUGUCCUUUCUUCCUGGGGCUGGUGAAGUACAUGAACUCAGGGCCUGUGGUGGCCAUGGUCUGGGAGGGGCUCAAUGUAGUGAAAACAGGCCGAGUGAUGAUGGGGGAGACCAAUCCAGCUGAGUCUAAACCAGGCGCCAUUAGUGGGGAUUUCUGCAUUCAAGUUGGCAGGAACAUCGUUCCUGGCAGCGAUUCAGCGGAGAGUGCCGAGAAGGAGAUUGGUUUAUGGUUUAAGCCCGAAGAACUGAUCGACUACAAGUCUUGCGCCCACAACUGGGUAUAUGAGUAGACGUGGAGAAACCAGAGUCCUUUUCAGCACUGCUGAUGGGGUUCCUGGACACAGCUCUUCAUCCCACUGACUAGGGAUCAUCUCUUCUAAAACAAUGAAGACUUUGGAACUGGGGGGAGGGGUGGGGGAGCUUCUGUGCUCUCCACAGUAUGGGAACUAACCUCUUUAGCAGCAUCGAUUCUCCAAGCCAUUUGGGAUGUCCUAGGAUUACUGUAACAGCAAAAGAUGUUUGGCACGCUCCCUGGGUGGGGCGGUGGAGGGGGCGUUCAGUGUUCUUUCACAUGGUUCCUUUGGAAGAACACAGAAUAUUACUUAGAGCCUCUUAAUGUUUAUUUCUUAAAAAUAUUAAAUAUUUAAUCUCUUGAAU